AUGCCCCGCAUCGCUGGAGUUCUCCUCCUGGGCUCGGCACUCUCGCAGCCGCUGCCGGCACCGGAGCCGCAGCUGGAGCAGCCCUGCCCUUGCUCGGAGCCCUGCCCCGGCUCGUGUCCGAGCUGCCCCAGCCCGUGCGACGGUGGCGCCAUCAACGUAGCCCCCUGCAACCCUGGCGGCCCGCAGGUCAACUACGCUUAUGGCCAGUCACAGCCAGCCCUGCCCCGGCUCGUGUCCGAGCUGCUCCGGCCCGUGCGACGGUGGCGCCACUGCAACCCUUGCGGCCCGCAGAUCAACUACGCUUAUGGACAGUCACAGCCAGCCCUGCCCCUGCCCCGGACCGUGUCCGAGGUGCUCCGGCCCGUGCGACGGUGGCGCCACUGCAACCCUUGCGGCCCGCAGGUCAACUACGCUUAUGGACAGUCACAGCCAGCCCUGCCCCUGCCCCGGACCGUGUCCGAGCUGCUCCGGCCCGUGCGACGGUGGCGCCACUGCAACCCUUGCGGCCCGCAGAUCAACUACGCUUAUGGACAGUCACAGCCAGCCCUGCCCCCGCCCCGGACCGUGUCCGAGCUGCUCCGGCCCGUGCGACGGUGGCGCCACUGCAACCCUUGCGGCCCGCAGAUCAACUACGCUUAUGGACAGUCACAGCCAGCCUGCCCCGGCUCGUGUCCGAGCUGCCCCAGCCCGUGCGACGGUGGCGCCAUCAACGUAGCCCCCUGCAACCCUGGCGACCCGCAGGUCAACUACGGUUAUGGACAGUCACAGCCAGGAAUAAUAACCGUGAGGCCAGGCCAGAUCCGGUUCCCACAGCAGCCGCCCAUCGUCGUCCGCCCGGGCCCCAUCUCGCUGCCACGCCCCCAGCCCAUCUGGGUGAAGCCCCGGCCUGUCUAUCCCCCCGCUCCCGCACCUAUCACCGUCAGGCCUCCGCCGGUGCAGCCGCCGCAGCAGCCCCCGUUCACGGUGAGGGUGCCGCCGGUGAUGCCCCCAGUGCUACCCCCAAUUUGGGUCAGACCGCAGCCCGUGCCUGUGCCUUGCCCUAGCCCUAUCAAGGUCGCCCCAAGCCCAGUCCAACCGCCACUACCGACACCAUUAGUCAUCAUUCCUCCAAGAGUCUUAGUACCCAGUCCCCCCACCAUUGCCUUCCAACCUGACCCUCCCCAGAUCUUCAGGACUAUAGGCUGCGCUGACGUGAGGUCACUACGAAAUCCGAGUCCAUGUCCGGGCCCGAGCCCUUGGUUCCCAUCACCCAGCCCUUCACCCUGCCCUGAACCUUGGUUCCCUACCCCUAGCCCCUCCCCCGGCCCUGAACCUUGGUUCCCUUCCCCCAGCCCCUCCCCCGGCCCUGAACCUUGGUUCCCUUCCCCUAACCCUUCCCCCUGCCCCCUGCCUAGUCCGUCCCCCUGUCCGUCACCUUGCCCGUGCAUGAACUAA